GCAGCCACAUUCACUCCCUUCGCCCCUUCCUUUCCUCUCAACCUCCAACAUGCCGCACGCAGUCCGUGAUUCAUCAUCACCCUCUCGUAUACACGACGGACUGCCCUCUCCGUCUCGACCAAAACGACCCUUGAAGCGUACCGCGUCAGAAGCUUUACCUCCCACUCCGCCACGCACAGUCAAGCGCGAAAGGAAACGACGUGUCGGAAAACGCUCUAUCAGUCGAACGUCAAAGUCACGCUCGCAGUCACGAGCUUCAAAACACGAUAGCGAGCAUGACGUAUCAGAUAAUAAGGAAGAACAGCACUCACUGGGCGAGGGUAUAGGACGGCGAUUAGAUUUUGGACCACUCGCAAAGAGACGUCGUUUGGAGGAUCUGGACGCUAGGUUAGAGACGUUACUCGAAGCACCUGAUGAUGAAGAGAAUCCGUUUUGGGAUGGACCUUCAAAGCCCAAACCCGGUGUUACUGGAAUAACGGAGACGACUGACAAGGGUGACGCGAAGGAAAGUUUAGAGAAGACCAAAAAUACGGAAAAGGGUGUGCGUAUACGCUCACCAACGCCACCAUUGGUUUCGUUCCAUGGCAAAGCACUUGCUUCUCCGCCUCCUUCAAACAGGCGGAAGAAGGGUGCUAAAGGAAAGGCGUCGGUGUCUACGGUGGAGGCGAAACCCGAGUCAGGGGUUGAGCCUUCGGCUGAAGCAUCAUUAGAGCUGUUGGCCAGUGCAGCAGCAGGAUCAUCGGCAAACGUGGAAGAUGAAGUACCUCUAGAGAAGGCAGAGGAGUCGUCAACCACGGCAGUGGACAAAUCGGAUGAGACCGAAGAGCCUCUUCCAACCGUAGAGCUGCCUCUACCGAGUACACCAAAGAAGGGUAAAGCACGACUCGUGGAUUCUCCGGUUCGAGACUCGCCGAACAAUCCUUUCUUGGAUGAUUCGCCUCCUUCGGUAUCUGGGGAACCCGCCGAGCCACGUACUACCACCACGCGUCCUGAAAAGCCUACGAUUACAUAUAUCUUCCGAGGGGUGCGAGCUGAGUUUGCCAAUCCGAUGUACAAUCUCCCACCAGAGGUGCAUGAGCGAUCCCUUCUUCCCAUUGAGCAUCCAGACUUUUCUCCCGACCCUGCAUGCCCGCCCAAGCUCCUUUUCACAAAGCCUCGCAGACGUGUAGCAUCACCAUCACCCACGCGAAAGGGCAAGUCCAAAGGCGAAGCACGUUCUAAGUCUGCAGCACCUUCCGGUAGUCGUCCUGAUAAUGAAUGGGACGACAGUGAUGACGAAGCUGAACUGCACAUUACUCCGCCGAAGAGGCUUUUCCAUUAGUCGCGACGCGUUGAUCGUUCUUCCUUAUUGUCGAUAUAUGCCCUGUUCAUCUACUUUUCGAUGAUGCCCAACGGUGAUUCCAGAUCGUUUGCCCCUUUCAUAAUGAUUAUCCGCGACGCAUCCCGGACCAUCAGCGCUCCAUUAGCAUCCCACGUCGAUAAAUCCGUCAUGUAACCAAGUCCACGCAUUCUUUCCUGCAUCUCAUUGUCUACCUUACGAUCCGCGCGAUACCUCUACUCCUCCUCUCCCUCUAUGCUUUAACAUACACCGAACGCA